UUCCGGUUCUGUUCUGAUUCGUGGGAAAAUGAAAACUAAAGUGUUUGAGCUCUUGAAGUUUUUUGCGCUGGUUCGUGAACCGUUUUUACUUUUUUCUGUUUGUUUUUGUUAUUAGACCAAAUGGAGUCCAGUGUAAAAUAGUAGAAAGCGCUUCAUAACUUCAUCUCAGUGGGCCUCCACCAGGCUGAAGGAACCUCCACUGAAAUGUCCAGUCUGAACUGGAAGCCGUUUGUUUAUGGAGGAAUGGCAUCGAUUGUUGCAGAAUUCGGUACAUUUCCUAUCGAUCUGACCAAAACCCGACUCCAGGUCCAAGGCCAGUCCCAGUGCAUGGAGGUCCGCUACAGAGGGAUGUUCCACGCCCUUCUCAGGAUCGGACAGGAAGAAGGCAUCAAGGCCUUGUAUUCUGGGAUCUCACCAGCUCUGCUGAGGCAGGCGUCUUACGGGACGAUUAAAAUCGGGACGUACAACACGCUGAAGAAAUUAUUCGUGAGCCGUCCCGAGGAUGAGACGAUGGUCAUCAACGUGUUCUGCGGCGUCGUCUCGGGAGUCCUGUCCUCUUCUUUAGCAAACCCUACAGACGUGCUGAAGAUUCGCAUGCAGGCUCAGGGCAGUUUACUGCAAGGCAGCAUGAUGGCCAACUUCAUCAACAUUUACCAGACAGAGGGCACACGAGGACUCUGGAGGGGCGUCAUCCCGACGGCACAGAGAGCCGCCAUCGUGGUCGGCGUCGAGCUUCCGGUCUACGACAUCACAAAGAAGCACUUGAUUGCUUCUGGGAUGAUGGGAGACACGGUUUUGACUCAUUUCAUUUCCAGUUUUGCGUGCGGUCUAGCAGGAGCGCUCGCGUCCAACCCUGUGGACGUGGUGAGGACACGGAUGAUGAACCAGCGCGUGCUGUCUGGGAAUUUUCUGUACAAAGGCACGCUGGACGGACUCAUGCAGACGUGGAGGAACGAAGGUUUCUUCGCCCUGUACAAGGGCUUCUGGCCCAACUGGCUGCGCCUCGGACCCUGGAACAUCAUCUUCUUCAUCACUUACGAGCAGCUGAAGAAGCUUCCAUUAUAGAGUUCCUGACACUGACAUGACACUGCACCGGGUGAAAGUGUGCGUGCGUGUGUGUGUGUGUGAGAGACGGGAAGCAAGCGAGCACCACUUCCUGUUUUCAUCCUGUUGUUCUCAGUCCCUCCUUGUAGCACGUAAACAUGAUUUAUAUAUUUUACUGUGUUUUUUUUUUUCUUUUUCCCCCGUUGGAUAUUAAAUCUUUUUAUGAGUUUGCACCAUGAUUUUACACCUAAAGCCUUGCUUUAUCAAUCAUGGCAGCUAAAUUUUAGGUCAGCUCAAAGACAGGAUGGAACGUUACGUCAGAUUGUCGUGACGUCCAGAGUCGACAGAACGCGCACAAGGUCAUUGGAAGUCGCUUCGCUUCACUCCACAGCAGCCUUGCGCUCGUUCACCAACUGUCUCAGUCCAAACGCGUCUCUCCUCGCCUUAGUCAGUCAGUCAGGAUCUGCGGCUUUAGUAGCGCUGUUAGCGAUAGUGUAGAUUGUGUAGCAGGCGCGUGAGAGUCGCAUCCGAAGCCGAGCGCACUCGGGAUUGUGUUUAUAAAGAGCGCCGUGUCCGGAUUAGCUUUACUGGAGCACCUUUAUAUGACGUGUAGGUCAGCCUGCUCUGAAUGUUACUGUCAGCAAGUCUAGGUUAAUUCAGCAACAUUUUGUGUUAGAACACAAUGGAAUUCAGCACUCCUUCUUUUUCAUUAUUUGUUGCCAAACGUUGCUCAGCCCAAACGGCAGAUUUGUUUCUGUUAAUAAUCUCACUGCAGAGGAAGAUGUGUAGAAAACGCACAGAACCGAAAGCACUUCUGUCCUGCAGGGCUCUCUUUUAUUGAUGUGUGUGUGUGUGUGUGUGUGUUUGUAUACGAGCAUGUGUGGAAUUGUAUUAUAUUUUGUGUAGCUGUGAUAAACUGUACAUUAUGCUGCUGUACAUUAGAAAGUGUUAAGCUCAGCUUUCAUUCUUUCUUUCUUUCUUUCUUUCUUUCUUUCUUUCUCUCCAAAUUCUGACCUGUCAAAGUGUACUGUAAAAAAAAAAAAACAUUUUAAAAUGUGACAUCGGUACUGUUACUUCUACAUUUUUUUUUGUUUUCAACAUUGUUCAGGAUACAAAAAGCGAGAGUGCAAACCUUCAUGAUACUGAAACCAUGUGUAUGGAUUUGCUUCUCUAGUCCAUCAUCUUCUAUUAUUAUUAUUAUUAUUAUUUAUUAUUAUUAUUAUUAAUGCUAUAAGCAAGUUUUGUGUUUUUGUGCCUGCACACACACCUGGUUGGUCUGCCUGCCUGUUGUAGAGGUUUUUAGGAAACACCCACACGUUUGUUGUAACAAUUUUGCAUGAGAGCUUUCGCUACUAACUUUUCACGCCUGUGUGCUGCAUCACCGUACAGAAUCUUCCCAAGCGACCGUUCGGUGCAAUAUUAGAUGCGAGUGUGUUACAUGGAAGUUCUUUUAAGAGCCUUGUUUGUGUAAUUAUCUAAUCAGCCAAUCACGUGAGAGCAGAUACAAGACCAGAGACUUGGUUAAUGUUAACACACACAAAAAAAAGAGAGAGAUAUAAAUGUGACUUUUUGACAGUAUAAUGUGGUGGUGGUGUUGUAAGCCACGGGUUUAAACUGCCUCGGACAGAAAGGGUACGGUGACUUUAAAGAAAUGAUCACAUUUGAGAUGCUUUUCUGAUCAGCACGGAUGUAAACAGCGGUUAUUUGAGUUACUUUCGGUCACCUCGAACCAACCUGGUUAGUCUCCACGGUCCUCUUUUCCACACACAACUAGAACUGUUCUGCAGUGCAAGAUAUUUUUGUUUUAAACUCUUUUGGCUGAUGGGAUGAUUUCACGAAUGAGCAGUUUGAAUGGUGUUCCAGGUCCUAAUGUUUCAGCUGACUUCAGUUACUGUAUGUGCUUGUGUUCUGUUCUGUUAUCCAGAACGAUAGGUUUGGCCUCAAAACAUCGCCUGGUUAAGGUAAUGCCUGGAUUAUGUCAAGACUUGCCUCAAGUCUAUCUUCAUGAGCUCGAGCGAUCGACACAUGCGAUCAUCUCAAACACAAACCGUUACGUGACGCCUGCUUUCAGGUUUCAGCCGAGACCGAGACCCAUGUGCCAUAAUCUUUUCACUACAUUUAUUAGUCAAAUUAUUUUAUUUAAUUUUUUUAAAGGUUUUCUUUUGGUCUGUAAAAUGUUUGUAUUCUUUUUAACGUGCACUUUUUGCUUUUGGAAUCGUGUCGUGUUGGGAAAAAUGUUCAAAACCAAAUUUAUUAUUAUUUUUUAAAUCAAGAUUGUGUUUAUUUAUAUAUAUAAAUUGAAAACUUUUUUGGAUUGUUGCCGUGUUUUCACAUCUGGGAGGACGCAGCCGAUGACAGUCAUAUCGAUGUGUUGCUUUCAUCGUUGCUUUUCCCCCUUUUUUUUUUUCACGAGCAUGUUUCAUGGAUCUCGAAAGGAACACAGUCAUCACAAACCCUUGCAUGGAGAAGAUUAACGCAGCACAUUUGACAUGAUUGGAACCUGCAGCUCUUUGCUUUCUGCCUUGCUUUAUUCUUCUCAAUACCACGUUCUCAAAAAAAUGUGUCCUUCUGAGGUCUUCAAUCAUUUUUGGUUCUAAUGGUGAACAUGUUAUUACUUAACCUUAUUUGUUGCAGUAAUAUAUCUAUUAUGUGGCUGGUUUUGCGUUGUAUGAUAUAAAUGUGCAUCUGACAAUAAAACAAAAUCCUGGCGAA